AUGCGACGCGCUCCCACACUAUUCACACAUCGCGGCGCGGGCGCAGCUGAGCGCUCGGGGCGCGGCAGGGGCGUGCGUGCGAUCGCGGCGGCGUGCGGCGCGCGAGUCACCAGCCCGCGGCCCGCAGCGCCCGCCUCCCCCUCCCCACGCCGCAGCGCCACCACCACCACGGCGGCCUCCCCACCCACCCGGCUUCCGACGCUUCCUCGCCGCGCGGCACAGUUUUUAAUUGCGGUGACA